GUUCUCCUCGGGUUCCAUGGCUGAUCCACUGAUAGUACCAAGGCGCACCGUCCUGAUUGGUCGGCUAUUCUAUGUUCGACUGAAUGCGAAACCGAAACAAACGACUUUUGGAGUCACUAAGUAGCUACUAGGCUUAGGCCUUCACUAGUCUAGUUUUUUUCUACAGUUACGUAUCCUGCAUCCAAACCGGGAACAAACAAAAGGACCCGGACGCCUUCUGGGGGCUCUUCAUCUUCUCUUCUUGCAUAUAAUUCUCUUUUCAUUGCAAAUUGGCGUCCGACUUGCUGCAACUGCUAUUCGUCAAGCAACUUACCUGACGCCUACCGGUUGCUAAUCCUAGCAGUUGAUAAUCAAUUGUCCCACAGCAUCGCAUCUCCUCGCAUUAUCUCAGCCUACUGCUGAAUCAGGCGAUCUUCUGCACUUUAUUCAAUCUCAAUCCUCUCCCCUUCCGUUACCAAUUGCGAGGUCCCUCAGUCCGUACCUUAAUCAUCAUGACUCCGUUAAUUCGCCUGCUUUUUGUCUCUCUGGUUGCAUCGUCAGCUAUCGCAGCUCCAGCUCCCGAGCAGUCCGAGCCAGUGCCGAUUCCUAACGAGGAUACCUUCUCUGAGAACCUGAACAAUAUCAACGAAAACUCGAUUCACAGAGCUCUGCAUCUCAUCGACCGAUUUCGCCAUGGUGUUUUCCCCACUGACAGAGACGCCAUUGAUGUCAUCCAGAGAGAGGAUCGGUCACUGGCAGCACAUCUGAAUCUCGCAAGAGAUAUCGGCAGUAACGCCACCACGUCCUCGCCCAACCCUCCUGCAACUACGACCCAGCCGCCUACGACUACUACUCAGCAGACCACUUCGGAAACGACUACCACCCCCGAUACAAGCGAGACCACAACGUCAACUACUCAUGACACCCCUGCCCCCACCACAGCUACUACCACCACGUCGACUACCAGCUCAGAAACCCGCACAACUCUGACAACUGCCUCCUCCACAAGCGAGGGUCAAACCACCAGCAAGCAUACUACCACCCGUACCCCUUACACAUCGACGUACAAGAGUACCACCACCCUCCCCAAUGGCCAGCAGAGCACCGUCACGGCCGUGACGGUCGUCUACCCCACGGAUGACAGCUCCAACCCAGGCGCCACAGGCGCCACGACAACCGGACCGGCCCCGAAGGAGCUGCUCAUCAUGCUUGGAGGCGCGGCCGCCGUGGCCAUGGCUCUCUAGACAGCCGGACAAGUUGGCAGUGUCACCUCGAACCCUAUAUCAUCCUAUUACGUCCGAAUAUCCUGGUUUUAUGGUUGUGCUCACAGUUUGCGUUUUAUUGCAUCUGAUGGCGUUUAUUCCUUGUUUAAUAUUUACUCAUGACAUGACUCCGACCUUUUACGAUCCUUUGCAUGGUCUCCGGCGUCCGACUGUUGUCUCUCUUUUCGAAUAUCUGGUCCAGAUGGUUAUAUCAGCGGGUUAUUCUUGUUAAUACCUUUGCUUUUUUAGCGUAUCAUGUCUCUCCUUAUCAUUGCCAGGCCAUGGUGGUUCUGUCUUGUCCAUAAACGUGCAUAUUUGCAAAGCAGUUGCGUCUGAAUAUGGGUGCUUCAUCUACUUCGAUAGCUGAUACCAGUGAAAUAAUUACAGCUCCUCGAGGAAGCCACUUCCGGUCUCUCUCCACAUGUA